AUGUCCGUUGCUUCAUUAUCCUGUCGUUUUCGCAGAUGGGAAGAUGUGAUGGUUGAUGGAUGGUUACACAAAAGAGGAGAACAUAUCAAGAAUUGGAGGCCACGUUAUUUCGUUCUCUUCCGUGACGGUGCCCUCGUUGGAUUCAAGUCAAAACCGGAACAAAAUCAGCCAUUCCCCGAACCACUCAACGAUUUCAUGAUAAAAGAUGCUCAAGUGUGUACAAUGGAGAAACCUCGUGCUAAUAUGUUUAUGAUUCGAUGCCUUCAAUGGACAACAAUUAUUGAGAGAACUUUCUAUGCUGAUUCACCACAGACUCGCCAAAAAUGGGUGGAGGCAAUCGAGAAAAUCGCGACUCGCUACAAAGCAAUGAUGGAAGAUGGACAACAAAUUGAUGAAGCGAUGGAGGUCGUUUCACAGAUCUCCGGCGAUGAUAUCUCAGCUUCAGGCGUUUCAAUGGUAUCCGAAGUGGCUCCAGGCCAAGGUCCUUUCCCUCAACCGUCACUUCAUUUAGAAGCAUUGGCUGAUGCUUCUGAUGCAGCGAAAAGAGACAAAAUUACAAUGGACGAUUUCGAAUUUCUGAAAGUUCUUGGCAAGGGGACAUUCGGAAAAGUGAUUCUUUGCAGAGAAAAGAGAACAUCCAGAUUGUAUGCGAUUAAAGUACUCAAAAAGGAAGUGAUCAUCGCGAGAGAAGAAGUUGCCCACACUCUGGCCGAAAAUCGAGUCCUCCAACGGUGUCGACAUCCGUUUUUGACGCAACUCACCUAUUCUUUCCAAACUCCAUUCCAUUUGUGUUUUGUGAUGGAAUUCGCGAAUGGCGGUGAAUUGUUCACUCAUCUCCAAAAAUGCCGGGUUUUCCCCGAGGAAAGGACGCGUUUUUAUGGAGCGGAAAUCGUGUUGGCACUCGGAUAUUUACACCAUUUGUGCAUCGUCUAUCGCGAUAUGAAGCUCGAAAACCUCCUUUUGGAUAAAGAUGGUCAUAUAAAGAUUGCGGAUUUCGGACUGUGCAAAGAAGAUAUUUCAUUUGGAGAUAAGACAAGCACUUUCUGUGGGACGCCCGAGUAUUUAGCGCCUGAGGUUCUUGAAGACAACGAUUACGGCCGACAAGUCGAUUGGUGGGGGGUUGGAGUUGUGAUGUAUGAAAUGAUGUGCGGAAGAUUGCCUUUCUAUGCACAGGAACACGAGCAAAUGUUCGAAUUGAUCAUUCGGGGAGAGUUGCGUUUCCCGUCUCGUUUAAGCAAUGAAGCGAAGAGUUUAUUGUCGGGAUUGUUGGUGAAAGAUCCGUUGCAAAGAUUGGGUGGUGGUCCAGAUGAUGCAAUCGAGAUCACCCAUCAUCCAUUUUUCGCGUCAAUCGAUUGGCAACGAUUGUACAAUAAAGAGAUCGAUCCACCAUUCAAACCACUUGUCACAUCAGACACCGAUACUUCAUAUUUUGAUACAACCUUCACCUCCGAGCCCGUCCAAUUGACGCCACCGCCUGUGAGAAAUGGACCGCUGGAUACGGUGGCCGAAGAAGAGGAGUUGAUCCAACAGAAUUUCACACAAUUUUCUUACAAACACGACUCGAGUCCCCGGCAACAAGCUGUUGAGAUGAUGAUGGAA